CUAUUCUAUAGGGUAAAAAGAAAAAAAACAACAAAAAGUUAUGUAAAUCACUACAAAAUAUAUAAAAGUGUGUGUUGCAUGGGUUGACCUGACUAUUACGAGCACUAAGACCUCGUCCUUUCAAUUUAGUCUGCGCUUGACACGGCACUCUCACGAUGUUAAACAAUCUCCCCUUUUGGACCUAAACGCGGUCACGUAGAAUCAGUCACAGCCCAAUUAUUGUUUCUCCUAUUUUAAUUUGAAAGCUCAACGAUUUAAACUCUGCCGUCAUUCACCAGAAGCUGUCACUUUAACACUCGUAGUUUCUGUUUCUUUUCUCUCUUCUCUUCCCUAAGAGGCCACUCUCAUAUCAUUUUUUCAUUUUUCUCCAAAGAUUCAAAAUAUUUUUCAUCUUUAUAUGUUUAUCAAACUUUCAGAAUUGAGAAACUUCUUGUUUAGAUGGGAAUUAAUAUCACUCAGCGGAUAGAGAAGUUGCCUCAUUCCUACAAGAUGCACUCUUCCAUGUGCUUAGAGUUAAAGAACUUAGUUGAUAGGGUCAUGAGAAUCUUUCCUGAUAUAGAAGAUGCUAGACCAGGAUCCUCCACAGGGAUACAGACUCUAUGCUUGAUCAACAAAGCUUUGGAGAAAGCUAAGCUGCUUCUUCAAUACUGCAGUGAAUCCAGCAAACUCUACAUGGCAGUAACAGGAGAAGCUAUACUCUCAAGAGGUUGUAGAGCCAAAAAGUUAUUAGAGCAAAGCUUAAGUGACAUCAGAAGCAUGGUACCGACAGUUUUGGCUACCAAGAUAACUCAAGUAGUCCAAGACCUUAGGUCAACUGUGUUGGCUCUAGAAUCAUCUGAAGAAGAAGCUGGGAAAGCUGUUAGAGAACUGAUGCAAAGGAGCACAACCUCAUCUGUUUCUUCUGAUGAGGUUAGAGAUUUCCAUUAUGCAGCACUGAAGCUCCAUCUUUCAACACCUGAAGCCAUUGUGAUUGAGAGAAAAUCCCUGAAGUCUCUUUUUGCAAAACUAGGCGAGUGUGAAGUGAACAAGAGACAGAUUCUGAAGUACCUUCUCUGUCUUUUAAAGAAGCAUGAGAAGAUUAUCUGGAGAGAUCACAAAGAGAACUCCUUCACACAUCUUAAUGAUUCUGUGUGUGCUAGUGCUGCAGAAGCAGGAUGUUCUGAGGAGGAACAGAAUGGUACACUUCCUGAGCAUUUUAAGUGCCCUCUUUCUCUUACCGUCAUGCAUGAUCCUGUCAUCAUCUCCUCAGGCCACACCUUUGAGAGGAUGUGGGUUCAGAAAUGGUUUGAUGAAGGUAAUGAGUCUUGUCCUAAAACAAGAAGGACACUAGAUGACUUCACAAUGAAGCCUAACGUGGCCAUGAAGGAACAGAUAUCAAAGUGGUGCUCCAGGAACGGUCUUCAUGUUCAAGAUCCAACAACAAAGCAGACAAAGUCUUCACACAAUCUUGACUUCUCCAUUGCUAGCUUUGGAAGCUCUCUGUACAAUCUUGACUUCUCGAGUAGGGACUUCAGCUCUAGCUUCUCAACUGAUUCACCAUCAAAGGGUGGUUACUUCAUGCCAAUGCAGACGAUAGCUUCUGAGUCAGGAACUGAAGUCACAGACUCUAGUCAAAGCGAGGUGGAGAUAGAGCCUUUAAGUGAACUUACUAAGCUUCCAUGGGAGGCUCAGGUCAAGACCAUUCAAGAUGUAAGAAAACGUUUUGAGAACAACUCUAGAGCUUUUCAGUCUAUGUCACCGAGUAAGUUUCUUGAGCCACUUGUCACGUUCUUGAAGAAUGCUGCUGGCACCAAUGGAGACACGAUAAAGAGUGGGUUGGCUUUGUUGUUGACUUUCCUCAGUGGGAACAGAAGGGCUAUAGAGGCUUUGGAAGAAGACGUGUUUGAAACGUUAUCUGUUUUUCUAGGGUUUGAGUUAUUAGUAGCUGAAGAAGCUCUCAAUGUACUUGAGGUUCUCUCUAACCAGCCGCAUAGUCUCUCCAAGAUAACUCUUUCUUCCCUUAUGAAGAUGGUUGAGUCUGGACCAGAACAUCUCCAAGAACAAGCUAUGAUCACACUCAAGAACCUCUCCUCAAGCAAUGAGAUUUGUCUGGAAAUGGUAACUCUAGGUUUCGUCAAGAACCUCACAUUAUUCUUGCAACAAAGCGUCUUCAGCAAGCAAUCAAUCAUCAUUAUGAGGAACUUAUGCAACACUGAGAAAGGGCGGGUUUGUAUAACCGAGACACCUGGCGGUUUAGCUUCAAUAGCUGAGUUACUUGACUCAAAUGUGCCAGAGGAGCAAGAGAAUGCAAUCUCCAUCCUCUUACAGCUUUGUGUGGAGAAGAUAGAGUAUUGCAAUCUUGUGGUGAGGGAAGGAGUUGAUAUUUAUCCAUCUCUCUUCUUGAUAUCAAACAAUGGAACAAAGGAAGCCAAGGUGGGUGCAUCAGAGUUGCUUAGAGCUCUUGAAGAAGUAGAUUUCAACAGAGAAGAAGAAGAAGAAGAAGAAGAAGAAGAAGAAGUAGCAGGAGAAACUGCUACAAAUACUUCACAGGUUGUUGCUCCAGUUAUGCAUCAUGAUCAGCCUAUAAUAACCACACCAUCUCCAAAGAAGUCUGGUCUAUUUGGACUCAGUUUCUCCAUUCUAAAGAAAAAGAAAAGAUAGAUAAAGAGCUUAAGCAUAGUUAGGCUGUUUUUUUUUAACUUAGUCUUGGAAACGUUACAAAUUUUUGUGUGGUUCUCUCUAUGUUGAUUUAGGUUUCUAUGUGUUGAUACCAAUCCAAAGAGCCUCCAUUAACGCGAGUUUAGUUGUAAUUUGAUAGGGGACGUAUUGUGAGUAAAUAUAGUAUGCAAUUUGUAAAUCUUUUUGUGACAAAAAUGGUCAAUUCUUUUAACUGUUUAAGUAAACUUCAACAUGUUUUAAACAUGGGCAGAGAUGGUUGAUGUAUGAGUAUGGUAAAUAACAUUAAAAAUGGAAAUUUCUUCUUCUUUAAUUUUCCCACAAAAAAAUUUAAAUAACAUUGAAAAUGAAAUAUCAAAAAAGGAAAUUCUAUUAUAAUCAAAAAGUGUAACGGCUAUAUUCUCUUUUCUUGGGUAAAAGUAAUGGUUAUGUCUCUACUCAUUAAACACAAAGAGCCUCCGUUAAUGCAAGUGUAGUUGUAAUUUGAUAGGGAACGUAUAGUAUGCAAUUUGUAAAUCAUUAAGUCACAAAAAUGGUCAAUUCUUUUUUUAAGUAAACUUCACCUUUCAACAUGGGCAGAGAUGGUUGAUGUAUGAGUAUUGAGUAUGGUAAAUAACAUUAAAAUGGAAAUUUCUUCUUCUUUUUUAAUUUACCCACAAAAAAAGUAAAUAACAUUGAAAAUGAAAUAUCAAAAAGGGAAAUUCUAUUAUAAUCAAAAAGUGUAACGGCUAUAUCUCUUUUCUUGGGUAAAACUAAUUAUAUACUUAUUAUAAUUAAAUUAAUUAACGGCUAUAUCUCAUUAAAUACAACACACAGAUACCAAAAAAAGUGUAACGGUUGCAUUUCUCUAAUCUAUAAAUACAACACACCCAAGCACUAAACUCUUAUCCUUCUUCUCAAACAAUGUCUACAACCAACAGUCACUAUAGAUUUUCUUCUAUUAUUCUUUGAUUACUUGGCACACAGGCUUCAUCUUCCAUUCAUAGAACCCUUACCUCAACGCGAACAAAAUGCCGUCUUCUUUCAACACCGGAGCCUCUUUCUUCGCCGCAACAAACACUCCUCAGCUUGCAUGGUUUAAGUCUCUUGGUUUGCAAUCAGGGUUCGACUUGUCUGGCUCAGACGUCGCCACAACUCUCUCUCAAGUUCACCCACACACACAACACUCGGUGCAUCUUUUUAUCUCUCAAGAAUCCUUAAACAUAUGUUUCUUCUCAUUGUCCGCUUGGUAACAGUUUAAGGUUGUUCUCUGCGAAUCAACCGAUGUCUGCUUCAUUUGCUGUUAGGACAGAACUCUUCAGCCCAUUAUCUAAAAGACCCACCUUUCCUGCUCAAGCUCGUCGACCAAG